AACAACCGGUUGAGGUGAAAACUGCAAUUUUCUUGCUAUCAUCAAAGUCUCGAGGACAGGCCAUCCAUCAAUCACAUCACCGUGCCCGAACACUGCCUAGCUUGCCCCGUCACGUCAUGAACAAAAAAGAACAGACUCGCGCACGGUAAGGAAACGCCGUGCUUUCAUCACAAGUUCACAAGGCGGAUUUAAUUGCGGGAUGCGCCAACAGUGGAGUAAUUUGCUGCAUAGCAGUCCAGUUACCGAGAACACCAUUGCAGCCUUCCUGAGCAAGGAGGAGGGUAGCUGUUCGCUUCGUCCCCUCCUUUCUCGUCUAUUAUUAAAUCCCCCACCGGCGACUCUCGGGCAUCCAAGUUCCAUAGCUCCUUCCAUCUCGAGAAUCGAUCUUAGCUGCAGCCUGCAGGCUAGGCGAUGUCCAAACGGAGCGCCGAGAAGGGCGCCACCGACGGCGCCGCGACCAAGAAGGCGUGCAUGGGAACGGCCGGCGACACCCAGACCGAGCCGGCGCAGGCCGAGGAAGAAGAGACGAGCAACAACGUCUUCAGCCACGACCUGGAUACCCUUCAAUGCGACAUCUGUUUCAUGCCAUUCGAGUCACAAAUUUACUCGUCGAUGCAAGAACGGGCACGCGGUGUGCGGCAACUGCUGCGUCAGGCUGGACCGCAAGUGCCCCAGCUGCAAGCUCUCCAUCGGCAACUUCCGGUGCCGCACCACGGAGAAGAUCCUCGCCGGGAUGACCAGGCCCUGCAAGUUCAAGAAGGAUGGCUGCAAGAACAUCCUCAGGUUCUCCGAGAUCCGAACCCACGAGGAAGAGACCUGCUGGUACGCGCCUUACCCAUGCCCGUUCGACGGCUGCACCUACUUCGGCAGGCACCUCCGCGGCCACAUGCUGGCCCAGACCGAUCAUGGUCCCCGCUCGACUUUUCUGGUCCCGUGACUCUGACCCUUGACAAGUCCAGGCCCUUCCGCGUGAUCCUGCAGAAUAUCCUCGGCGGGAAGAGCGUGUUCUUGCUGCUCAACGGCGGGGAUGUUCCAACGGGUCGCUCGCUGUCAGUGGUCCGCAUCUACCCGCGGCCAGCGCCGGCCGAUGAGGACGGAGGCGCCCAAGUGGCGCAGCAGUACACCGUUGCUAUGAAGGGCAACCAGCCUGGGUCGACGUUCUCGCUGACGGCCUCCGGGAGCGUGCCAUUCGUGCGCCGGAUUGAAGGGUACAAGGCUCAUGAGCUCUUGUUUGUUCCUGACGCAUGCUGGGGCUCGUCGCAGACCGUCGUCGUCACCGUCGCCGUGAAGCUCUAAGCUGAUUCCGAUGGGUUGUGCUGUCGAGGUCCAUUGUGAUGUUAAUGUCUGUUUAGGUUGCUUAAUUAGAGUUAGUGGUAGGCUGGCAGCUGCCAGAUUUGCAAGACUGAUCUUUUGUUUUUGGGUGCACUAGUCGGUCUGUUGUCUGUUGCUUUUGGGUCUGUAGCAGCUGCUGGAUCUGCUGUACUGAUAUUUUGUUUUUGGGCGCACUAUGCAGUUGGAUCUGCCCUGUUAUCUUCGACACUUAUAGUCCGUAUGGUUGUUUGCUGCAUAUUGCCAUGGUGGUACUCUGUACCGUACUAUUGCAAUGGAGUAGCAUUAUGUA